GUCAUUUAAUCACUGAAACUAGGGUUUUUGAAGCAUCCGAUCUUUAUUAACCUAACUCAGCCUCUUUAGCACAUCUUCGUUUCCUCCAACCCAUUGCAACCUCUGAGGUAAGGAUUUGCAGAGUUUGAAAGGAGUGUGAAAAUGGUUGAGAAAACUAAAGGCCGUAAAGAGGAGGUUGUUACCAGGGAGUACACUAUUAACCUCCACAGGCGCUUGCAUGGCUGCACCUUCAAGAAGAAGGCUCCCAAGGCCAUAAAGGAGAUCAGGAAGUUUGCCCAGACAGCCAUGGGAACUAAGGAUGUGCGAGUAGAUGUUAAGCUGAACAAGCACAUCUGGAGCAGGGGUAUCCGUAGUGUCCCCAGGAGGAUCAGAGUCCGCAUUGCUCGCAGAAGGAAUGAUGAUGAAGACGCAAAGGAAGAGCUUUACUCUCUCGUCACUGUUGCAGAAAUUCCAGCGGAAGGGAUGAAAGGUCUCGGCACCAGGAUUAUUGAAGAUGAGGAUUAAGUUUAGUCUUUAUCUUCUGUUUUGAAACUUCUCUAUUAUAGGCUAGUUUGAAAUGACAGAUUUUGCAAAUGUUGAGUGCUUGCAGACAUUUUACUUCUUUUAUUUAGAUGAAUUCUCGUUGUUAUUAAGAAUUUUUUGGCUUGUCAUUUUGGUUUAUUUAUGCCUAAACAUGUCCUUUUUGCUAA